AUGCCCACACAGAGCCUCUCUGAUCUGACCACCAUUGUUUCCAACUUAUCUAAGACCACGCACAGUUUCAUGGCAGAAACUAGGCCUUCUAUACGGAAUCUGGAGAUACAAGUUAGCCAGCUGAGCAAGAGGAUCCCAGAGAUCCCAUCCAGCACUCUUCCAAGCAACCUGGAAAUGAAUCUAAAGGAAGAGUGCAAGGCCCUCACUAUAGAGGUUGUGACCAAUCCCAAGGAGGAGUCUGCUAUUGAGGAGCUCAAGGAAAUCAAGGCUCAUGAGGGGCAUGGGAAUGUCACCUUACACGCCCCUUUGCAGAGAGAGGAGCCUAAAGAAUACCCUUCUUCAGACGAGCAAGAGGAGUCUAAGGAGGAGCAAAUUGCUUGGUUCCUGGCAAUCCUCAGGAAGCUGAAGGCUAAUUCCUCUCAAAUAGAGGAAUUGGAGAAAGAACACGCUUCCAUGGUGUGCCUGAAGGCCUCAAAGGGAGAUGAGACUGUGGUACUGACCAAGGAGUGCAGAGCCUUAGUCCAAAAGAAGCUCCCUCAGAGAUUGCCUUAUCCCAGAAGCUUCCUGAUUUCCUGCACUAUAGGGACCAUCACCUUUGAGAAGGCACUAUAUGACCUUGGUUCAAGCAUCAACCUUAUGCCUCUCUCUAUGAUGAAGAGGCUGAGAAUUCAAGAGGUGCAGCCUGCUAAGAUCUCAUUGGAAAUGGCAGACAAGUCCCUAAAAAGCGCAUAUGGCAUAGUGGAAGAUGUCAUUGUGAAGGUUGAAGACCUUUACCUUCCUGCAGAUUUUGUGAUCCAAGACACUGUAGAGGGCAAAAAUGACUCCAUCAUCAUUGGAAGGCCCUUCCUAGCAACUACUAACGCUAGUAUAGGAGAACCAUGGGCAUUCAACGCCCUUGAAGGAGCAGCCAGGGCCAUCCUUGUGGCCCCCAUUGGGAGUUCAGUGCCCAUUCUUGGCGUUGAAUGCCAGGUAGGGGGCAGGCAGCUCAAGCUCUCAAGGUUUCUUAAGCCAGUGGGUCCCACUGAAUCUCUACCUACCCUACCUACCCCACCUUUCCUUCUCUCUCCUACUUUCUAA